UAAUUUUCAUUUUGUCGAAAGUUGAACUGAUUUGUAUGUUUUUCGGGCGUUAAUGCGUUAAUAACGGAGUUUUUCAAAACGGUCUAGUCGGGAUUUAGUGGAUUUACACMAAAAUAACAUGGCAARAUUAACAUAUUAUUACAACUUAUUGUCUCAACCGUCCAGAGCAUUGUACAUGUUUUUAAAAAAAGCUGAAAUUCCGUUCGAAGGAAAGGUUAUAGAUUUACUGAAAGGAGAACAAUUCACAGCCGAGUUUGAAGCCAUAAACCCUUUUAAAAAAGUACCAGUCAUCAAUGAUAAGGGAUUUGUUCUUAUUGAAAGCAUAGCAAUAUUGCGUUACAUUUGUCGUACUUAUAAUGUAGCAGAUCACUGGUACCCUAAAGACUCUGUGAAACAAGCACAAGUAGAUGAGUACCUUGAGUGGCAACAUACAAAUACUAGAGCUGAUUGUGCUCUAUAUUAUUUACAUAAGAUUUUUUGGCCAGCUAUGAAAGGAAAACCAGUUAAUGAACAGAGAGUCGCUCAAUUAGAAAAAAAAAUGAAUAUUACUUUAGAUCUAAUAGAAAACGUUUGGUUGAAAAAUAAAACGUUUUUGUGUGGAAAUGAAAUUUCCAUUUCUGAUAUUAUUGCUAUUUGUGAAAUUGACCAAACUAGAAUGGCUGGUUUCAAUCCAUAUGCCAAUCGUCCAAAUUUAUCUAAAUGGAAAAUCAAAACGGAAUCAUUGUUAAGCCCGUAUUAUGAGGAGGCCAAUGAAAUAGUUGAAAUACAUGUUGCUAAAUAUAAUAAAAAAUAUGGUACACUAAAUUCACAUAUUUAAUUUUACUUAUUUUAAAUGUUUUGUGAAAUAAUAGGAGAUAGAAUACUCAAGUUUAGUAUAAUUUAGGUUGCUCAUGGUUCUAUUUUUAUUUUGUGUAGGAACAUUUUUUAAUAAUUUUUUUUGUUCAUGUUAAGAGCUUUUACUUAACUAUUUGAGUGUCUUAUGAUCACCCUGUUAAAGCAUUAAGUAUUAUAAAUUUUAAGAUUUUAAGUAAUUUUUAAAUUUAGUGUUUGUUAACAACASUGAUUAAGAUGAUUUAUAUUUUUAUUACCUCUGUGGCUACUCCUUUUAAUCUUGAGCUAUGUUUUAAAAUUAUAAGCAUGGCAAUCUUUUGAAACUUUAUUUACCUGGCCAGGCAGUCAUAUGAGUUGAAGCAGUUUUCAAAUAUAUUACUGUGAAAUUAUGUGCAAGAUCAACAGCAAAUUAAGAAAAAAUAUGAAUAGAUGGCAUGGUCUUUACCAUGUGAAAAAGACAAACAAGAAUCUGAAAAUAUAUAUAAAUCUCUGUGAUAAUUCUUUGUUGUAAUAUGAAAUUAAAUAAUAAUGUAUGGGAUUAAUGAGCAUCUAGUGAAUAAUGUUAYAAAUAACCUUACAAUUUAUAAAUUUUAAUUACCAAAAAAUAUUUUCUCAAAUGUAGAUCUAAGAACAUUGGAAUGUAUUAUGUGA